UCCAGUUUAUGGAUCUGCGAACGCGUUACACAGCCUUAGUCACUUUGACAACCCAGCAUGUGAAGUACAUCAGCGAUGCACUGAGAAGACUGGAGGAAGAGGAGAAAGAGGUAGAGGAGGAGAAGCAGGCCAGGGUGGGCCAGGUGUCAGAGCUGCUGGGCUGGGUCAAAGGCCUGCAGGGCCGGACCAGGGGUCCCAGCGCAGAGUCUUCACUUGCUGCUCAACAGGCCAUCAGUGAGCAGCUGGCAGGCAGGAAGGAGCAGGUGGCUGAAGCCAUCAGGAGCACGCAGGGCUUCCUGUCUUCCAAACAGGCCACCAAGUAAGACCCACACUCACUCACAGUUUCUGGUUAUCGAUCCACAGC